GUGCGUCAGUGUUUUGUUGGUGUCGGACAUUGACACGUCUUGGAUACUGGGACACACCUUCGAUCAAAAGUAUUGGCGCUACUGAGCUUGGACACUUAAGAUAAUGCUGUAAAGGUUGCAGUUAAAGUCUGAAUAUUUGUUUUUGAUAUAUUUCAUGAGCAGGUGGUGCAAAGGGUCAGUUUCUUCUGCAAUGGCUGCUUCAUCUUCACUUUUCUCCUGCUCAACGCACAUGGAUGUGCUUGCUCCAACGAUAUCAAAAUGCCCUAAAGAUGUUGUACGCUGUCAUAGCAAAAUCUCCUAUAAGGAACCUAGUUAUUUAAAAUCAACAUGCUAUCCUAUUUCAAGAUUUUUAUGCAUGAACAAUUUGUCAAAAUGUGACAAAAUGAAAAAAAACUGGCAAAGAGAUGGAAUCCAUUGUUUUUCAGAGGGGCAUAAAUUUCAACUUGAUGAUGUUCUUGAUGCUCAACAGUUUGAUAGAGAUAUUCUCAAUGCCAUUUUUGAAGUUGCACGAGAUAUGGAGAAUAUUGAAAGGAAUUCUCCUGAAAGCCAGAUUUUAAAGGGUUAUCUUAUGGCUACCUUAUUUUAUGAGCCCUCUACUAGAACUAGACUUUCAUUCGAGUCUGCCAUGAGAAGAUUAGGUGGAGAGGUUUUAACAACUGAAAAUGCUAGAGAAUUUUCGUCUGCGGCUAAAGGAGAGACGCUUGAAGAUACAAUAAGAACAGUUGAGGGUUACUCUGACUUAAUUGUGCUUCGACACUUUGAAAGUGGUGCUGCCAGAAGAGCUGCAGCUAUAGCUAGUGUUCCAAUAGUCAAUGCUGGGGAUGGUCCUGGACAACAUCCGAGCCAGGCACUUUUGGAUGUCUAUACCAUUGAAAGAGAGAUUGGAAAGCUUGAUGGUAUAAAAGUUGGGCUUGUGGGAGACCUAGCUAAUGGGAGGACGGUUCGUUCAUUGGCCUACUUGCUUGCAAAGUACAAGGAUGUGAAAAUUUAUUUUGUCUCCCCUGAUGUGGUAAAAAUGAAGGAUGAUAUAAAAGACUACUUGACAUCAAAAGGAGUGGAUUGGAAAGAAAGUUCUGAUUUAGUGGAAGUUUCGUCAGAGUGUGACGUGGUUUAUCAAACUCGUAUUCAAAAAGAAAGAUUUGGAGAAAGACUUGACCUUUAUGAAAAAGCUAGAGGCAAAUAUAUUGUGAAUCAGAAUAUUCUCAAGGUGAUGCAGAGACAUGCUGUGGUUAUGCACCCUCUUCCAAGGCUCGACGAAAUCACUCUCGAUGUUGAUGCUGAUCCAAGAGCUGCUUACUUUAGGCAGGCCAAAUAUGGUUUAUAUAUUCGGAUGGCUCUUUUGAAACUCUUGCUUGUUGGGUGGUAAACCUGAAAUUCAUCUUCAAAAUGUAUGCAAGAUACUGAAACAUCAACCAUACCUCUUUUAUAUUGCAUGUUCUUAACAGCAUGCUGCUACCAAUUUUACUUUUUAAUAUCAAUAGUAGAUUGUUUUCAACUUAAGAGUUAGUCUCCAUGUGACUUCAUUAAGGGGCACCAACGUAGUUUUAAGCAUGAGGUCAACGAUUUGAAUUCUGAAAA